GCCGACGUGUCUUUCAGGAAGAGGAGCUGGGAAAAGUGUGGCGACAUGGCGCCUCCGGCUCCCGGUCCGAGUCCGGGCGGCUCCGGGGAGGUGGACGAGCUGUUCGACGUGAAGAACGCCUUCUACAUCGGCGGCUACCAGCAGUGCAUCAACGAGGCGCAGCGGGUGAAGCUGUCCUGCUCAGAGAGAGAAGUGGAAAGGGACGUCUUCCUGUACAGAUCCUACAUUGCACAGCCAGGCAAGGAGACAGAUGUCCUUCAGGGUGGCAGAGCUAAAGUGUGCUUGUCUGGACCACAGAGGAAGUACGGUGUGGUACUGGAUGAGAUCAAGCCGACUUCAGCCCCGGAGCUACAGGCUGUGCGCAUGUUUGCCGAGUACCUCGCCAGUGAGAGCCGCAGGGACGCCAUUGUGGCAGAGCUGGAUCGUGAGAUGAGCAGAAGUGUGGAUGUGACCAAUACCACCUUCUUGCUCAUGGCCGCCUCAGUCUACUUUCACGACCAGAAUCCAGAUGCCGCCCUGCGCACUCUGCACCAGGGUGACAGCCUUGAGUGCAUGGCUAUGACGGUGCAAAUCCUGCUGAAGCUGGAUCGCCUGGACCUGGCCCGGAAGGAGCUGAAAAGAAUGCAGGAGCAGGACGAGGAUGCCACCCUCACCCAGCUGGCCACUGCCUGGGUUGGCCUGGCCUUGGGUGGUGAGAAGCUGCAGGAGUCCUACUACAUCUUCCAGGAACUGGCAGACAAGUGCUCACCCACACUGCUGCUGCUGAACGGACAGGCCACCUGCCACUCAGCACAGGGCCGCUGGGAGGCUGCAGAGAGCGUGCUCCAGGAGGCACUGGACAAGGACAGCAGCCACCCAGAGACACUCAUCAACCUCAUCGUGCUGUCCCAGCACCUGGGCAAGCCUCCUGAGGUGACAAACCGCUACUUGUCCCAGCUGAAGGAUGCCCACAGGGUCCAUCCUUUUAUCAAGGAAUACCAGGCUAAGGAGAAUGACUUUGACCGCCUGGUGCUGCUGUACACACCCAGAGCCUGAGGCCAUGCCCCUUGCUGCUCUAAGCCCUGCUCCACCUGUCAAUAAAGUGUCACAAUUCUCUCUUA